CCUCCCAGCCGCCCGGGUCCCGCUCUCCCCGCGCCGGAGGGACCCGCAUCCUCCCGGCUCCCUCCUCUCGGGUUGGAUUUACAUAGUGAUGUGUAAACUACAGGAUGCCCAGCAGCACUGGAAAGAGGUUUAAACCUACGAAAUACAUCCCGGUCUCCACAGCAGCUGCCUUAUUAGUGGGUUCGACUACUUUAUUUUUUGUUUUCACGUGCCCCUGGUUGACAAAAGCCAUCUCCCCAGCCAUCCCAGUGUACAAUGGACUCGUUUUCUUGUUUGUGCUGGCAAACUUCAGCAUGGCAACUUUCAUGGACCCUGGAGUUUUCCCACGAGCGGACGAGGAUGAGGAUAAGGACGACGACUUCCGCGCGCCGCUGUACAAGAACGUGGAGAUCAAAGGAAUCCAAGUACGGAUGAAGUGGUGCGCGACCUGCCACUUCUACCGCCCGCCCCGCUGCUCCCACUGCAGCGUCUGCGACAACUGCGUGGAGGAUUUUGACCAUCACUGCCCAUGGGUCAACAAUUGCAUAGGACGGAGGAACUACCGCUAUUUUUUUCUCUUCUUGCUGUCCUUAAGUACACACAUGGUUGGAGUGUUCACCUUUGGGCUCAUCUUCGUCCUGAACCACAUGGAAAAUCUGGGAGCAGCUCACACCACCAUCACAAUGGCUGUCAUGUGUGUGGCUGGGUUGUUCUUUAUCCCAGUCAUUGGUCUCACUGGCUUCCACAUUGUUCUGGUGGCCCGAGGGCGCACAACCAAUGAGCAGGUGACAGGGAAAUUCCGUGGGGGAGUGAAUCCCUUUACCCGCGGAUGCUGUGGAAACGUGGAACAUGUGCUCUGCAGCCCCUUGGCUCCCAGGUAUGUGGUUGAGCCCAAGAAGAAGCAAGCUGUGAGUGUGAAGCCUCCUUUCCUGAGGCCGGACUUGUCCGAGCGACAGAUCACGGUGAAGAUCAGCGACAACGGCAUCCAAGCCAACCUCAACCGCAGCAAGUCUAAAAUCAGCCUGGAAGGCCUGGAGGAUAAGAGUAUGGAUGUGCAACCAACUCUCCCACCCAAAGGAGAUCCAAGCAAGUACUCUGAGCUAAAAGGGCAGCUGGGCACCAGUGAAGAAGGUGGCCUCUCACCCAAACUGAUCAGCCCUCCCACUCCUGCCAUGUACAAAUACCGCCCAGGUUUCAGCAACACCCCCAAAGUUCACUACCACACCACAGCCGAGCAGAUCACCUUGCAGGAGGGACACAGUCAGGGGGCUCUGAUAGAAGAGGAUGGCAGGAGCCUUGAUUACCAGUCCGAACCCAGCUUGGACAUCCCCAGCUACCGGAAGAGCUCCCUGCACAAGACCUACCAGUCUUCCCCACUCCAGAUAGAUUCCUUUGCCAUCAAUUCACGAUCCCUGAGCCUGAAAUCUGCUGGCAGGAGAGGGACAGACAAAGUGCCCCUUCAUCCAAUAAAGUCCGAAGGAGCGGCUUCCACCCCUUACAAAAGCAUCUUUUCUCCCAAUUCCCUGUCAAACAGAAAUGGGAGUCUUUCCUAUGACAGUUUGCUGAACCCCAUGUCUCCCUCGGGGAGGAAGUGCAUUGCCCAUUCUGCAGUCAGCUCUGUUGGGUACCACUCUCCAUACUUGUCAGCCAAAAUGUGCCACCUGCGGGGCAGCGAGCUGCAGCGCCAGCCCCCGCAGAGCUUCAGCCCGGUGCUGGGCAGCCCGGCCCCGCAUCAGCGAGAGCCCUCCCCAGUGCGCUACGAUAACCUCUCCAAGACAAUUAUGGCAUCCAUCCAGGAGAGGAAAGAGAUGGAAGAGAGGGAGAAGCUCCUCCACUCGCACCCUGACUCGGUGUUUGCAGACUCAGGUGUCUAUGACACGCCCAGCUCCUACAGCCUGCAGCAAGUGAGCACGCUCUCGGAAGACCCGCGCAGCAUGGCCAUGAGAUACGGAUCCAGGGACAAUCUGAUGGCUGCCACCAGCUUUAGCACAAGGAACCCUAUACUGCAGUCCUCAGUGUCUUCACUCUCAAGUGCAAUGACAAGAGCCCCAAGGACUUCCACAACCUCUCUGCAAGCUGAUUUAGCCAAUAAUAACGUGCAGUCCCAUCAAGCACUGCAGGGCAGGGUGAGCAAUGGCUCCUACAAAUCCCCAGGCCACCAGGUCCCAUCGUCCCCCACAGGGAUGCCUAGGUCACCCUCUUAUGGAGGCCCGAAGGCUGUGUCGUUUGUAAACACUGUGGAAAUCACAGAGGUGCAGUCAGUGGGAGCACAGAGGGAUGACAUGCAGUUGAAGACACCUCACAGUAAAAUAAAUGGACAGCCAAAAGGAAUAACCAGGUUGGGUUCAACAUCAAGUUCCCAGGGGACACCAGUCAGCCCUGCUAGACACUCUAAUGUUAAGAAGGUGUCUGGAGUUGGUGGAACAACCUAUGAAAUUUCAGUGUAAAAUAAAAUGAAUUAAAAACAAAGAGCCAUCCACUCAGCCAGCCAUGAAGCUAGGAGCACUGUGAAGACUCAAACAACAACAAAGAAGGAGCAGCAGCAGUCGGCCACUCUCCUUUUCUUGUUUUGGGUUUGUUCUGUUUUCAUCUUUCUUUUUUGGCCAAAAACCAGCUGCAGCCUUAUUCUUGAGGGAAUAAUAAAAUUGUACAGUGUAUCAGACUCUUCCUGAACCGACAGUCAGGAACUGGCUACGACCUAAGACCACACGGAGUGGAAUUCCUUCCUGCAAGAGAGCGCUAAAGCCAUUGUGGUGUGUCUGUCCAACCACUCUGUUGUGUAGCACUUGUGCUGUGAAACAGUUCAGUCAGCUAGGAUCAGUCAGUUCUCCCAUGCCCCUUCCCAGUUCUUCUGGCCAGCGAGGUGUCUGGCAGGAGCCAGAGGACCAACUGCUGUUUUCCUGCUGACAUGGAAAGUGGGGUUCCUGUGCUGAGCAGGAGCUUCUCCUCGUCCCCCGGGCGCUGCAGCUCAGGUUCCUCCUCCUGGAAGGAGCAAGGCAAGGCCACUUGGGCUGCAGACACCAUGUCUUCUUUGGAAGCCUCCCUGGUCCCAGAUGGGGGCGGGAGAAAGGAUAGCAACAGCUUCUCCCUGUCUGCCGUUGGCCUCCCUGUGUGUGAAGUUGUGUGUGUGUGUGCGCGUGUUUGUCUUCAUGGAAAACGACCGCAACACCGGCGAGGAUCUGCCACUCUGACCUCCUGCUCCCUCUGGGUUUGAAAGGCUUCUCUGACCCAGCAACAGAACCAAGCAGAUGAGAAAAGAAAUGUUCAGAUGGAAGCAUAUUUUAAACAGCCAUCAGCUGCUUUCCCUGCACCCUCCUUACCUGUUGGAUUUAGGCAAUAACAGAGUUUACUGCCUCGCCCUGGAGCCGUCAGUGUAAUCCCGCAGCAAGGUUAACAUAAGCUGUCGAAUUUACAGUGUGUGUAACUGAGCCAAGCGUGCAUCUAAAGGAUAUAAAUUUUCUGUCUGCCUAAUUACUAGCACAUUCCCUCUGGUCUUCAAUACUGUUAGACAAAGGAUUUUCAAUUUGGGUUUUUUCCCCCCUGGGGAACAACUUUUUAAAAUAAUAUCAAUCAAAUCUAUUUAACAUUCUGAGGUUUCUUUUUCCUGUCUCCAGAAAACUACAUUUACUUUGUUGGAUUUAAAGACAACUUUACCGUAAAAAACAAGAAAGGGGUGCAUUACUUUUGUCAAAAAUAUGAGGACUCUGGCAAAGCUAAUUUUGGGACAAAUGGAUUUUUAUUUCUCUAUUCCUUAUCUCCUUUUCCUUACCAUUCAGUUACCACCUCAGAAGUCAAAAGUACUGAGAUCUGGACCAAUGCUAACUUGCCAGAUCAUGUGUGCAAUUAAGAAUAUCCUGAGCGACUGUUGCCAAAGUCACUAAAAAUUGUUAUUUAUCACUGAGCCAGUCAGCAUACAAGACCUCGACUUCCCACCUGGUUCUCUUGGUGAAUAGUUUUGAUUAGAGAUCUAAAUCCAUCAUUUUUCAGGAUAUUCGUUUCAAGGGGUUAAAUCCUUUUCAGUCCUUGACUAUAAUGGAAAGCUCUCCAGGUAUUUGGUAGCAAUUCAGAAUGUGUUAAUAAUAUCUUACUUGUUUUCAUGUAUGUUGAGGUUAAUUAUUCCAGAAGGCAAAUAUUGACCUUAAUUUUGCCUGGUUACAAUUUAUAUUUUGAUUUGAUGAAUCUUGACAUCUGCUGCAAUACAUGGUUAUUAUGUCCCUUGUAUAUCACAUUAUUUUUUGGAGACAAAGGUUGAAGAGAACAUAAGAAAGUUAAUCAUCUCUCUGUGUAACGCUCUAUGUUGCCUGAAGGAAGAAACGUGGAAAGCAAUGCAUCUGCAAUAGGCUAAAGUUCUGAAAGGGUGAAGUAGAAAUCAGUGUGCAUUUUAUUGCCUUGGUGAUAUUUUAAAUGCCUGGUGUAGGGAUAUUGCAGAGCAGUGAAGCAAUAGUGUUUCUGUGCAGAUUUGCUCACUGGCAUGUAGAACACUGUCUUUAAUUGGAGGCACCAUGGUGCCAAAAGGAUGCUGGCAAACUGGAUCAGGUAUAGAUGGAGCAAUAUAUAUUAAAGAACUGGAUGGGCUGGCUAAUGAGAAGAUUUAAAGGGCUAAAACAUGCCACUGGCUAAGCAAUGAAGUGGAAAUUGAGUACCAUAAUUUUACAAAUAUAUUACUUAAAAGUUGUAAAACCAAAGGUAAAUCCAAGGGUUGUCACUGGUAGCCAAUGCUCUACAUUUAGAAUGGGGCAGAAAAGAUGGAGAGGAAGGAGCAGUGAAUUGUCUUCCAAGCAGAAUUUUGGACAAACUGUUUAGGACAGUCAAACUGUAUUUGGACAAGUCAUUAAAAAAUUUCUGUGAGAGGUGAGUCUGUAGGGACAAGGGGUAGACCAGAUGGCCUUACAGAUUUCUUCCAUCUUUAACUGUUACUAAUCUGCAGUCUACCCUGAUGUUAACUCCUCAGGAAGAUGCAGUACUUCUUUAAGGACUGGAAUUCACUCUGGUGCAUAGAGCAUCACAAAAUUACUUGUUUUUAAAGUAUCAUGUAUGCCAUAUGUAAGCCCUGAAAAAGAGGGGGUAGGAAACACAUGGGAUUAGGGAGUGAGACAAGGGCACAUUUUAUCAUGUAUCUUUGAAUACGUACAUGAAAUUCAUGCAAGCAAGGCUGAAAAUUUGCACCAAUGUAAUAUUUGAGAUUUGCAUCCCAGUGAUGCUCCACUUUGAUCGUUCUUUCUCUUGCAUUUAUAAAUGAAAAAGCUACUGAGGAACUUGAAGGGCCAAAGAGCCUUUGAAGUUAACUACAUUAGUUCAUGAGAGAAUUUCUCAGUAAGACUAAACACAGUAUUGUGUGUAUAAAGCACUAAUAUCCAGGGUUAUUUUGACAUAGUUCACAAGGGGUAAGGGAGAAAAAAAGGAUGCACUGUGUCAGUACAGGUUCAGCAGUAAGGAUUAUGUAUUUUGUGAGUAGUUUUGCCCACAGUUGAGAGACAUUCAACUUCUUCAUAGGUUUACAAUGGUACCAAAGUAUUUUUUUUUUUCCUUUUGAGGUUUGCUUUUAAUUCAGUGCACAUAGCCUGGAGUAAAUGAUUCAGAGUUUCUGAAAGAAUAAUCUAAGCAGAACUGUUAACAGGAGAUUGCAUGCAGCAAAUCCAGCCUCAUUUCCAUCCAAGGCACUGAACCUGCAGCUAUUUACUCAUAAAUGUAAGUGUCUGUUCCAUAGUUCCUGUUGUGGGACUGGGGACCUAUUUAUUAAAUCUAAUUUUUGAGCAGAAUCCAGCCCAUAUUAAAGUAUAGUUCUUGAAGCAGUUUACAGAUCAGCAGUAAGGUUCUUCUGUCAAGAUACCCUGUUUUUACAGACACUGCAGGCCAAAUCUUCAGCUUGUAUAAAUUAGUGUGGCUCCAUGAAAGCUCAUUUAAUUGAUGCUAAUUUAUAGUAGGUGGGGAUCAGCCAUGAAAAUCCAGCACGAGUUAACACAUCCUGUAAAGUAGCUUUUUUAUUUUUGUCAUGCUUAUUUCAUGUUUCAAAAGUCUUAAAUAUUUUCAACAUGUUUUUAUUUGUAGCUGUGGAUUGUAUUACUUAUUUAAAAAAGAGCAAUAGGUUUUUUUAGUUUACGCAUCAGUUUUCAUUGCAUAUUGCAUUUUAUUAUCUGUUUGUUCCCUGUUCAUAUGCUCCCAUUUAGCCUCCAGGUUUUCAUUGUAGUACUUUUCUGCCUUGAAAAGUUGGAUCUCUAUAUCUUUAGUUGUAUAAUAUAUUGAGUAUUAUGGAAUUAAAUGUACCUUACUACAUGGGUGGGAGAGAGAGAAAAUAUUUUUACUUGAAGCCUUAAUAUUUUCUUUUUUUACUACUUUGUUUGUUGACCUCAUAGGAAAGUCUGAAUAGCAAAGACUUUGAAACUCCGGGCCAAAUACUGCACUGACAGACAACCAGCAUUUGGCCCCCAUGUCAAAACUGGAUGCAGACAUAACCUGAAGUGAACAAGGGAAAAAGCCUCAGGGUGGCAUAUUUUCCUGAAGAUCAUUAAUACAGUCUCAAAACAUGUCUGUAAGCAAGUACAUUAAAGAAGUCUUCAAGUCUUGAAUUUUUAAGGAAGGUGAUAGCAGGAACUGCCCUAAUAUCUUACAUCUGCUUUUUUUUUU